CCAGAGCUCUGUCUCUUCUUUUGGUUUUCUGCUUGGCUCGUUACUCUGAUAAGGUUUUCAGAAAUGCAUCUCUUGAGCAUUACUGUGGCUUUGGGAUUACUGGGGGGGAUAUUGGCUCAGGUGAAUGUGCUGCGGCCUGCAUGCGACUCCCCAGAGGCAGAGGAGGCUGCCAUAGUGGCUCAGGAUUACCUGAAUGCACAUCACACCCAUGGCUACAAGUAUGCACUGAACAGGAUAGAAGAGAUCAAGAUCUACCAUGUGCCUGAGGGAGACAACACAUAUGUGCUGGAAGUUGAAUUACUGGAGACGGACUGCCAUGUCCUGGACCCCACACCUGUUGCCAACUGCACAGUGAGGCCCAAACAUUUGACGGCGAUCGAAGGAGAUUGCGAUGUGGUGCUAAAGAAGGUUGGCAGUGCUCUAACCGUCACUGCUUUCAAAUGCAAAACAGAAGAAUCAAGAGAGGACGUGUGCGUCGGCUGCUCUACCCUCCUUCCUCUGAAUCACACACAAGGGCUGGAGUUUGUUAAGGCCUCACUCAAUAAGCUUAACAAUGUGACACAAAAUCUAACAUACACCCUGUUGGACGUCGGCAGGAUGUCUACACAGGUUGUGUCUGGCGGCCAGAGGUACAUCUCAGAAUUCGUUGUAAUUGAGGCCAGUUGUGUCAACGACACUUGCGUACCUCUGAAUGACACCAUGGCUGCACGUGGAAUUUGUACUUCUGAAGGGAUGGACGAUCCCAGCGUGAACUGCAAGAUGUUUUCCACUUUGAUGCCGCUUGUAGAUGCCAACAGCACUGCAAUGCCCGUCUUGCCACCACAUGUUCACGUCCACUCAGAUAGAAAUUCUCACAAGCAUGGCUUCGGACACCACAAACUCACGGCUCACCACAACCCCCACAUGAGUGGCUAUUUGUCAGCGGAAUCUGCAGAGUCGGCUGAGGUGGUCCCCGUUGCCCCUGCUAUAAAUGUCUCCACUGAUGGCCUCAGCAGUCCCUCUCCAGCUUCGGACGACUCUUCUUCAGAUGCUUCCUCAUCCAGCGCAGAAGUUCCCAUCGCUGUGGUUAAGAGGGAGGCCCCUGCGUCGAUUGUGGGCGAUGCUCCUGCAGCUCAAAAUGUUCCUGUUGCUCCAGUGCAAUUGUGCCCAGGAAGGAUCAGGUUCUUCUAAAUGUCUUAAGCUCUUAAAGACUCAAUAGCUGCUUUAACUACAUUGAUAGAGGAACUGCUGUAAGUGUGCUGUGAUAUAUCACUCUUAGGAAUAGGAAUACAGUUUUUUAACUGGCAAUACAAGUAAUGGGGUGAAUAAAGCUUAAAACUAAUAGUAUUGCAUUCAAUUGUUUAAUAAAGAUCAAUCCUUGUUUUUAA